AUGGAGGACACGGAGGAAACUCAGCCGCUCUCGGACACCCUCGGUGCCUCCUCCCAACCGGAGGAGGAGACACAACAGGAAGAUUCACAGGGAGAGACUCAAGAAGAGCAAACGCUGGUUGAGGGUGGCUCAACGGGAACGCAGACUGUCUUGGAGGGCAGUCCGGAACCUAUCGAGUGGCCAGCUUCACCUGACACCACAUCUCAGACUUUGGUUGAUGUCGCGACAUAA